GACCAUGGGUCACAUGCCGGCGCUCCUGGCUUUCGCCAUGCUUUGGGCAGCGGGGGCUGCAAGUUCAGAACCCGCGGCCCUCCCGCCUGCAAGCCUCGAUUUGAAGGUCGCAUCGAAGUGGCUGCCCAAUGCCGCCGGCAAAUACGAUUGGAGCCGGGCAGGCUAUGCAGGGGGGGAGCGCAGCAUCCCCCAGGUGCCGCCUGGGGCGACUUUCAGUGUGCGCCGCUAUGGAGCCAAGGGGGAUGGCAAGACAGACGACAGCAGAGCGGUCCAGGCGGCCCUGGCGGCGACCAUGGCCAGAGGCGGCGUGCUGCUCUUCCCCCGUGGCACCUACCUGCUGCGCAGCCCGCUGUUCAUUGAUCGCAGCAGGGUGGUCAUCAUGGGCGAGGGCCCCGCAGCGACCAGCCUGGUGUUUGCUCGCUCCCUGUCAGCCGUGUAUGGCGGCAGCUAUACCGCAGACCCAUGCACCGGCAAAAUCAAGUCUACCUGGGCGUUUGGAGGCGGCUUCAUCACGCUGUCUGGGAAGGCUGGGCGGCCCAAGCGCCCAGAGCAGCUGGCCAGGGUCAAGGGGGACUACCCGCCUGGCACGACCCGCCUGAAGGUCGAUUCCACUGCUCCCUUCAAGGCGGGCAUGUGGGUGGCGCUGCUGCUCAACGACCAGUCCACCAUCCUCCCCUCAGGCGCCAAGGAACCCGACUAUGUGAAUUGCACCCUGGCCGGCGGCAAGGGGCGGCGUCUGCAGCAGGGCUCCGCCGCCGCCCGGCUCUUUGCUCUGCCGCCGCCAAGCGACCCCAUCCUGCAGCUGGCUCUGGAGGCGGCUGCCAGGGAGACGGAUGAGUUCAUCUUGCCACAGCAGGCCGCGGCAGCGGAUGCGCUGCAUGCUGCCAGCGGCGGCGAGGUGGUGGCCUCGAUGGCGCCCCGAGGCUCAGUGGCUGCUUGGAUCUAUGGCAACAACCUGGUGGACAGCGGUGGGCCCGGUGCGCUCAACGAGAACUCUGUGCGCUACUCGUUCCGUGUCAAGGCGGUGGGCAGGGGCUACAUCGACAUGGACCGCCCAACCAUCCACCAGAUCAAGCGUGCGUGGACGGUAACGCUGCACAAGUACAACUACGGCAUCCAGGAGGUUGGGGUGCAGGGCCUCACCAUCAGGUUCAAAAACUCCGGCGUAUAUGGCGACCACCUGACCGACCGCGGCUACAACGCCAUCCAGCUGGAGGGGCUGCGUAACGCGUGGGUGCGGGACGUGCGCAUCCUCGGCGCAGACAACGGCGUGUUUGUGGCCAAUGCGGAGUUUGUGACGCUGGCAUCCAUCACCGUCAACACCACGCGCUCCCGUGCUGGGGGGCCCAAAGUGGAGGCAAACCUGCAGGGCCACCACGCCCUCAGCACCUCCCUGGGGCAGAGCGUUCUGAUCAGCAGGUUCAACAUUGCAAAGAAGUACUGGCAUGAUGUCACGCUGAGUGGUGGUGCUGAGCUGUGUGUGGUGCAUAGAGGCAAGGGGCUGGACCUAAACGUGGACUACCACCGGGCAGGGCCGUGGGCAAACCUGCUGACAAAUACGGAUUUUGGGCUCGCCAACCGCCCCUUUGCCAGCGGAGGCCGCGGCGACCGUGGGGCCAAUACAGGCCGCGGCAGCGUCUUUUGGAACGUGUACCCCGGCGGUGGGGAAGGGGCGCUGAGUCUGCCUGCCAAGUGCGACUUCGGUCCGCUGUUGACCUUCUACGGACGGUUCAAGGGGAAGACGUGCCCCGCAUCCGGGUGGACCGUGAGGCGGAUGCCUAGCGGGGCACCCGCCGACCUGUACCUGGCGCAGGUGCAAGAGCGGCGGCGCCUCAUGCGGCGCCUGGCAGCCGGCUGACCCCCCAUCAAAACUUGUGUACUCCUCUCCUACCUCCCCUUUUGCCACGUAUACAUAUAUAAGCUGUUUUGACCCGUGAUAUUCAUUUGCUCUUCCUUGCCUUGUGUUGUGCACACUGUAUGGCCAUGCGGCGGCGGCGGCGGCGGCGGCGGCGCCAUGGACUGGUGCCUCGUACACAGCGCCAUAUCUCCGCCCUUUGUUCCACCUCGAGUGUGGAUGCCCCCGAGUUGUGAAACAACACAUGUA